AUGGAAGACGCAUGCAUUAUUCCAAGCAAGAAAAAGCUUGACGGUAAAGUAGCUAUCGUCACCGGCGGCGUCAGCGGCAUAGGCGAGGCCACAGCUCGAAGCUUCGCGGCUCACGGCGCGCACGCCAUCGUGAUAGCGGAUGUCCAGGACGAGAAAGGCCAAGACGUCGCCGUUUCAAUCGGCCCCGAGCGCUGCAGCUACGUCCACUGCGACGUCACCGACGAGGAGCAAGUCAAAACCCUAGUCGAAUCCACCGUCGAGAAGUACAGACGCCUCGACGUCAUGUUCAGCAACGCCGGCGUCCCAAGCACCUCCGACCAGACAGUCCUCGACUUUGACCUCUCGGCGCUUGAGCGGCUCUUCGCCGUGAACGUGCGCGGCAUGGCGGCGUGUGUGAAGCACGCGGCGCGGGUGAUGGUGAAGGGAGGGAGCGUGAUAUGCACGGCGAGCGUGUCGGCGAGCCUCGGAUACGAGAAGUUCACGGACUACGUGAUGUCAAAGCACGCGGUGCUGGGGCUGGUGCGGUCGGCCAGCCUGCAGCUGGCGCCGCGAGGCGUCCGCGUCAAUGCGGUGUCGCCGGGGCCGAUCGGGACUCCGCUGCUACGUGACUUGUUGAGGGUGGGAGAGGAGGAACUGGAGAAGUUUGUGGAGUCCAACGCCGCGCUUAAGAUAGGGACGGUGAUGAAGGAGAGGCACGUGGCUGAGGCGGUGUCGUUUUUGGCCUCCGAUGAGUCAGAGUUUAUUACCGGUCAUAACCUGGCCGUUGAUGGUGGCUUAAGUCACUAG